AUGCUGCAAUCUCCUCAAGCAGAAGAAGUUGCGCCGCAACUCCCAAAGGUUGCAGAGCCCUUGGUAGACAUCACAGAGCUUGGUCCGGAGUCACCCUCAGAAGGCUCUGAACGCAGCGAAGAAAAUGUCCAGCCAGUACAAGAUUCACAUCUUGUCUUCGACGAUGAGGUCGACACUUCAGAAGCAGACCUCACCAUCGACACUGUUUUAGACAGGCGACUUCGAACAGCACCAUUACGUCCCCAAGGUCGCAGAUCCAUCUCAGGACAGCAGAACAGAGACGUGAGCCAUGGCUCUCAAGGCUCUGAUAACAGUUUUGUCAAGAACGAUGCCGAUAGCACCACGAUCCGAAGAGUUCAUAUCAGCUUGCCAAAGCGCAACAGUCGCAAUGACUCCCAGCCUCUAUCUACAAGACGUACAAUGUCUAGUGAAACUACCACCACUUCAGGCAGUUUCAUCGGACGACGUGCUGUCAGCAGUCAAUCCAAUAAAGCGCUUUCCACAGAAGAUCGCAUGGUUAGAGCUUAUAGUUCUCUCCGAGAGCUGCGCAUGACAUGCACACUUCCCGCUACACGAGAGCGCGUUACAAUUCAUCACGUCUUUGACCUCAUUGACAAGACGCGCAUGAGACUCGUGCCUCAUCAAUGGAGUCUUGUGGACAGACGUCUGAAGCAAGUCCAGUCUUCAGCCGAGCGCAUCGCGGAUUUCGUCGCGCUUAUGAAGAAUCAUGGAUCUGAUGCUGAGAGCGUGGCCUCCAUGUUCUACUCCAGCUGCGAGCUUGCGCUCUCAAUGCAGGGAAAGCUUACUAGUGCUAGCACAGCGCUGGAUAACUUGCUUGCUGUUUUCCAUCGAGCUAGUGUUACAAUUCAGCAUGUGAGAGCUUCGGUGCCCGAGGGCGUUUCGUCGGAUAAGCUUUAUAGCUGUUUGUCUAAGGUUCUUCAGUCGUUGCAGCAGAUUUGUUUGGGAUUCAUUGACAUUUUGGAUGAGAUCAACAAAGCCGGUUCCCGCACCUCGUCGUCGCUUAUCCUUCAGAUCGAGCAAUAUUUUGAGGCAGAUCUGGCUUCAUUGUCCCUGGCUGCGCAUUCAGCGUGCGAAGAACUCUGGAUCCUGUCGCUCAAGGGUAGUUCCGACGGUUCGCUUGGGACCUGUCAUGGCCCCGUGCAGGACUGGCUGAACGGACAUGGACAUUGCAACCACGGCUUCUCUCGAGGCCAUCACGGAAGCAAGCAUGGCCACUCCUUUGUCUUUGACUGCGUUGAGCCUAUCGUCGUUCAGUUCUUCAAGACGCCCUCUAGACUAUUACUUGUCGCUGGAGACGCUGGCUAUGGAGAACAAGAGCUCGUCUCCAACAUCAUCGAGCGUUUACAACUGUCUUUGUCUCUGGAUGCGAAGCUACUUCGCGCAUCAGUUACGUCUGCGACACAGGGCUCUUCAUCCGUUCGCCUACUCAAAGCAUUGCUGUUCCAGCUUCUCGACCAGUCCAUCGGCGACACUGGCUUGCUGGAUGCGAUCAACACUGUCAGGAAACGCAGCGAAACCGAGUCAGCUGAGAAGACAGAGGACCUCUUGUGGGAACUUCUUGGGGAUCGCUGCUCCAAGGCCAGUGGAAACGUUGCCAUUGUGAUCAACACCAUUGACAGCCAUGGCACUGAUAGCUCCUCCAAGUUUCUCGCCAAGCUCCAGGCACUUACUUCCAAGUGUGAGAAUAUUAGAUGUCUUGCAUUGGCUGAUGCCGAUUCAGCGAGAUCCAUUUCUGGCACUCAGAUCUACACUCUGUCUCGCAUGGAUAUUCGCAGAAAUGCCCGCUCUUUCAUGCAGAUGGCGCUCUCUACAUCAGCCAUACUCUCAUUUCUCUCAGCUGAAAUGAAGAGAGAGCUGCAGAAGCACAUCGCUGAACGUCAAUGGAUGUCCCUUCUGGAGGCUAAGCUCAUCCUUCGCCUCCUGGAAGCCGAGCAUGAUCUUGGUCGUAUGGCAGACAUCAUUUGCAAGACACCCAAGACUGUUCAAGGCAUUCUCGACAGCAUGCUUCUCAAGAUCGACUACUCCAAUCCCGACAUGCAGUCUCUGCUCUCUUGGCUUCUGGUCGGAAAGCGAGCUAUCCAGGUCGAUGAGAUGGAGCGAUAUGGGUCUGUCACUAUGAGCAACUGGCUCAGGAGAAUUCGUUCCGGCCGGUCCGUGAGCUCCAACUCUCCUCUUGCCAGCAUCAUCACCAUUCGCAGCGGUCGCAUCCAAUUUGUCGACUCUGUUGUCCAAGCUAAGAUGCAUCAUCUUGCUAUCCAUGGCAAGAUUGCUUUAUCCCUUAACCUGGCUCAUCGACGGGUAGCGAUUGAUUGUCUUGAGCACGCGAAGAAGCACCUUCAGCAAGACAAAGUCGAUAUCGUCUUCCAGAACGUGUCCCAGACUCAAUGGGCUACUGCAGCUUCGUACAAGGACUUCGAUCCGCUGAUGGUUUAUGCCGCCAGGAAUUGGUAUGAGCACUACGAGAAGUCUCUUUCUUCUUCAGAGAAGCUCUCGCGACAUCUCCCCGCCGAUGUAUCCUCAAAGAUGUCUGAUUCGGUCUUGAUGGCCUUGGCUGAGUGGCACUUCCUCAGAUCUGAAGGCGAUUGUAUCACAACGAACAAGCAAUUGACGAGGAUUCUUUCCCUGCGAAAGGCCGCGUUUGGUGCAAAUGCCAAGUCUGUGAUCCAAACAUUGAUCAAUCUUGCCCAUUCGGAUCUUCGCCACACCAUUAGUAUCGAGAGGUUGGUAGAAGCCUUUGAAGCAGCUAUUCUCACCUUCGAAGACCCCAGCCCCCAAGCUACUGCUGGUGCCAAGUACAUCAUGUCCCUGGUCAAACCGCACACGACACUGUCUUCCAAGAGCUCCAAGGUCUACAAGUACCUCUGGCGUGUCCUGAGGUCUGAGCUCGGAGAGAGCCAUGAUCAGACACUUGCCGUCGCUCAGAGGCUCGCAGAGUUAUACAAGGCGGAGAUGCGCUUCGCUGAGGCCGCUGAGAUUCUGCACGACAUGUAUGUUGCGUGCUGCAGAACCAGAGGUCUUUUUGCAAGCAAGACUCUUGAUCUAUUCCACGUGCUUAUUGAUGCGCUUGAGCACGCUGACGAUAUGGCUGCUGCGCAACAGCUGUGCCAAGAUGUCUUCGAUGCUGCGCCUACUCUGGAGACGUGGACAGAUGCAGCACUCUCCGCUAUUACUCGCAUUGUUCGACAUUACCAGGACCGCGGUAUGUCAAGUGCUUCCAAGGGUGCCCUUCAGCAGCUAUGGAGUCUUCUCCAAGGUCAGCUGAACAAGGAGAACAAUAACCAUAGUGCCAUUUUGGUGGCGUUCACCUCUGUAACUCUGCAGUUGGCGACUAAGUUGCGUGACUUGUCUCUAGAGAAGGAAGCUAGCACAACACUGGUGUCAUUCUGGAAUUCUGUCUCCAGGUUCGUGACAACCGACCGCCGGUGCGAAGUGACCACGCUAGUCAACCUCAGAGAGAUUGCACAGCUUCUUCUGCGACUCGAGAAGAAUCAGGAAGCACUGAGCAUCCUUCGAGUUCUCUAUGAGAUCCAUCAGCUACCUUCUCAUGACCACUUUGACGAAAUGCUGCAAGUUUACUCUGCGCUUAUUGUCUGCUACAAGGGUGUCAAGAACCCGAUCGAAGACUUUUUGUGGCUCAACAUCCUCGACAGUAUUCUCCAUAGCACCCAUGGUCACGGAGAUAUUGGAUCAGAUACGGUCUUUUUAUGCAGAGAUCUAGCUCAUUUACAUCGCUCGCGCAAGGAGUGGAAAGCAGCUAUCAGCAUCUGUCGCAAGAGUCUUGAAGUUCUUUGGCCACAAGUCCUUGUAGAUGGAGGACACCUGCAUCUUCCCAAGACUUUCACUCGCGAGCGCGUUGAGAUUGCGAUCAUCAUGGCUCAGAUGUACAAGUUGACUGAGCAGGCCACUCAAGGAGAUAUCUUGAUCAAGUCCAUCGUCAAGUGCUGCAAGUCUAGCGUGCUUCUCUGGCAGUCUUCCAGCCAAGACAUCGCCCUGAUCCUUUCUGGAGCUCUUGAAGAUGCCGGCUUGCAUCUUGAGGCUCUGGAAUUUUGGAAGUCUAUUGUUGGCGAUUGCAGGACUCACUUGGGCCACUCUCACUCAUUCACACUUCACGUGGCUGCCGCAAUUGUCCGUCUAAGCCUUCAUCUCGGCACCGUUAUUGAAGAUGACGAUGACAUUUGUGAUUGCUUCGAUGAGGAGCCAGAUGAAGAUGAUGUCGCUUCGAUCAUUGUCCUCAUCGAGGGUCUCCUUGCUCUGUGCAAGAGCCAGAGAGGCAAGGGCAAGCGAGAGAGCUACACGAUUCUUCUCCGUCGGUACGAGCGCUUGUGGUCAUACUAUGCUGACCUGCGACACCAUGUGUCAAUGGACGCUGCACGCGGAUUCGAAAUUUAUAUCGGCUACUCACAGACGCUACUCUCGGUUGGCAGUGUUUCCAUCGCCGUGCGGUUGGCUCGCAAGCUAAGAACCAUUAUGCUGUCAGAUCUGGGACGGCAAGAUAUUUGGUACCUCAAGGCAUCGCUUGAACUGACCAAGCUUCUUGAGAUGGAUGACACGACUCUUCGCGAGGCUGUCGAUAUCUACGAUGAGCUGAACGAGAUCUGCCUGGGUCUGUCGGGCUCGGAUGAUGCAUUUAUCGAGAUUCUACACAUCAUUGAGGAGCGAUUGAGUGUUCUCAUGUCAAGCAAACCUCUUCUCCACGAUAGAGCAGAGAUCAUCCUCAUCAAGUCUUGGAGGCAAUGCGCCAAGAAGCACGGCUACGGUCAUGAGCGCAGCAUCUCAAGCUUGAAGAAGGUCAUCGACUUCUGGGUAGUGAAUCUCACUGUUGAGAACAAGAAGCAAGCCACAGUCACCUUGGAAGAGGUCAUCCUAGGAGUUUUGAAGAAGGAGACGAAUCCCAGGAGGCUAUUCCAUCUCGCCGAACACUUUAGCACCAUGUACAAGCUCCUUGGAGUUAGCCAUGGAAACCUGCCCUUCUUGCAGACGAUUCGCUCCGAAAUUGCGCGAUCGCAACAACCUCAAGGUCUCUGUGGACAAGCGUACCUCGAGAAUAAGCACAAACGUUCUGUCACUUAUGACAGAAGAUGCCUGGUUCUUGUGUAUACUAUGGAGGAACUGUCCAGGAAGAAGACCGAAAGCCUCUUUGGUGACAUCUUGACGCGAGUCGUUGCCGAGACGGCUCUUUAUGAGGCGUGGCUUCGAGCUGGCCAGCAAAAUGACCAGCUUGGCAAUCUCUUGACUACUGGUUCACGAUUGAUCCAGCAUCUCGAAGCUUACCAUUUGCGCUCCGAGGCGAGUGGCAUUCAGGACGAAUUGUGGAAACUGUUCUGCCGCAUGCUGGAUCAGCCAGAGGGCAAGGGUAGCUCAACAUAUCAUCUCUUCCAGGCCAUCCUUGCUUCAUCUUCCGAACACGACAUUUCCGCGUCGCUGUUGGACGAUGCCUUUGGACUCAUUCAGCAACUGGGCGAUGCUGGUUCUCACAAGGCUUGUUUCUACCUGUCUCAGUGGGUGUUCGAGUACAGUGAAAGUGGAGCCGAUAGCGACGAUAGCUCCUCUGCCCUGAUACUUCUCAAGUUGAGUACAUUACUCUACAAGAUCUCUGAGAUCGAAGUCGAUGUUUCUCUACGUGGUCUGAUUGAAGAGCUGGCUACGCAGUUGGGAGUCUUGGCCAUGAGCUACACUUCUGACAUUGACUUGAGCGUCUUGAGUGUUAACCACCUCACCUGCAUCCUCAGUAUCGCUGGCAAGCAGAAUGACUACAUCACUCUCAAGCGCAUUCUUGAACUUCUAUGGAACUCACGCGACCACUACGACUUCAACCUCGAGCCCACAACCACCAUCGCCAUUGGUAAGCGACUCGCAGAGGUUCAUUUCGCUUGUGGAGAACACAACACUGCGUUCACUCUCCUCGAGGAUAUCAGCUAUAACCUCAAGGAUGUAUAUGGAGCCAACCAUCCUAUGGCGAUGAGUUGCAUGAGACUUCUAGCAUCUAUGCACGAGAGUCUAGGCCACCGCACCUCGGCUAUUGACGUUAGAUUCCUCAUGCUCAAGGAUGCUGCGACAUGGGAGGACGACUUGACCUCUCCAGGAUCACAAGAUGAAGCAGUCGCCUUCUACUUAGACCAGCUUCAAUUCCUGAGGAGCGGGUAUGCAUCCGUCGGGCAGGAUUACUCAUGGCAUCUGGAGCAGAACAUGGACUACCUUGAGGAGAUCACGUCCAAGGUGAAGCAAUUGAUCUCGGUGUCUUCUUCUUCUUAUGAUGUGGGAGAUAUCUUGGACCUCGGGGCCUGGGCUGGCUUGGAUGAGGUUGAGGUGAAUGAGGAUGCAUUGGAUGUAUGGUGCGCGCCUGAAGAUUGGAGGGUUGAGAUGGGAAUGGAGGAUGAUGCUGAUAGUUGUGCUUAUUCCACUUCGGAGACAAACGUGUAA